GUGAAUGAAUGAGUGACGGUAAAUGACUCAGUUUUCUCAUAAACCUGGAAGGAGUCAUUCCACCUUCACUCCUCCAAAGUCACCUCUCGGGUAAAGUACGCUCGCUGUUGAGCCUGCGACUGGAAUCAGACACAGCAAAGUGAAGGGAGACCAAUCCUUGUAGUAGAUCUUGUAAUCUCCCAACUGUCUACGUCAUUUCUACAAGGAGAGUAAACGGAGUUCAAUUGAGAGACAUUUCUGUUUAAACGUCAGGGAAUUUCUCAAGAGGAAUAUCUGCUUGCGAUGGAGGAGCUCCUCAACAGCACCGUUGAUCCGGCUUGUUUGCAAGAGCCCCCGCUGGCCGUGGACGUGAUAAAGCAGCUAGAUGUGUUUGGGUGGUGCCUGUACUCCGUGCUCACCUUGAUGUCCUGCGUCUCCCUGCUGCUGUACUUGGAUCAGUGCGCCUAUAUUUAUAAAAAACUGUCCUACCCCAAGAAGACGACCCUCAUCUGGAUAAGUGGUGCAGCACCAGUCAUUGCCACCAUGUCUUGUUUUGGGAUGUGGAUCCCGAGGGCCGUCAUGUUCACUGACAUGACGUCUAACUGUUAUUUUGCAGUCGUGGUGUAUAAGGUCUUGGUUCUGAUUAUCGAAGAGUUCGGGGGCAGCAAUGCUUUCCUGAAACGGUUUUCCGGUAAACCAUUUAUAAUCCGCACAGGACCGUGCUGCUGCUACUGCCUCUGUUUACCCCGGGUGCCCAUGUCACGGCGGUUGUUGUUCUUCCUGAAGUUGGGUGUUCUUCAGUAUGCGAUCCUAAAGACGAUACUCUCUAUCCUCUCCAUAGUGUUGUGGACAAACGGCAACUUUGAUGUCGCUGAUCUAGAGAUCACUGGUACAGCCAUUUGGAUUAACCCAUUCAUUGGCGUUCUCACGAUCAUCUCCCUCUGGCCCGUUGCCAUCAUCUUCAUGAACACCAACAGCUUUCUACGCGACCUCAACAUUGUACCCAAAUAUGCCCUAUACCAGCUAAUACUUGUCCUGAGUCAGCUGCAGACAUCAAUCAUUAACAUCCUGGCCCUGGAUGGGACCAUCGCCUGUGCCCCUCCCUUCUCUUCUCAAGCCCGCGGCUCCAUGCUAAGUCAGCAGAUGAUGAUCGUAGAGAUGUUCAUCAUCACUGUGGUUAAUCAGCGUUUGUACCGUCGAACAUAUGACAAACUUCCAACUGAGGCUCAUGACAACGACAAGAACGCUGAAGUCGCCCUGAAGACGACUCUGGUGGAGCAUGACGUCUAAAAGAGAAGACAGUGAUGAAGGAGUGAAAGUCAACCCUGCUCUUUGAUGAGAUCAUCAAACGGCCAUGUUACCUCAUUCUGCAAAACCUUUUCAUUUAUACCUUUCACACAGCACUCACCAACUUUAGUCAAUAUCUGUAUUGAGUUGGUUCCCCCAGAUUACUAC